UGGGUGAGUGAAGCAGGGCGGUGCCUGGAUCAAAGCCUCUCCCUCACCCCCAGUUCUCCCUGCCAUGGGGCCCAGCCAGCAACUGAGGUUGGAGUUUGGAGUUUAACCUACGUGGCGGCAGGCGGUGCAGGAGUCACCACUGUCCUCUCAGGCUACGAGCCACCAGGAGAGAGGAGUUUCCCUUCUCACAGCCAUCUCAGCCUCAGAAGCCAGCGACAGGCCCCAGGGCAGGUGGGCCUUGCAUCCAGAAUAAGGAUUGAGAGUCCGUUCAGGACCAUGGAGAGCGUCCGCAGCGGCCCUCAGCCCGCACAAUUACAAUUGGACCCCCUGGAGGCGUUUCCCCAGAGAAGCCUGGAGCCGGGUGACAUUGCAGUGCUGGUUCUCUACUUCCUCUUUGUCCUGGCUGUUGGACUAUGGUCCACAGUGAAGAGCAAGAGAGACACAGUGAAAGGCUAUUUCCUGGCUGGCGGGGACAUGGUGUGGUGGCCAGUGGGUGCAUCUUUGUUUGCCAGCAAUGUUGGAAGUGGACAUUUCAUUGGACUGGCAGGAUCAGGUGCUGCUGCAGGCCUUUCUGUAUCUGCUUAUGAGCUUAACGGCUUAUUUUCUGUGCUGAUGUUGUCCUGGAUCUUCCUCCCUAUCUAUGUUGCUGGUCAGGUCACCACGAUGCCAGAAUACCUGAGGAAACGCUUUGGUGGCAACAGGAUCCCAAUCACUCUGGCUGUGCUCUACUUGUUUAUCUACAUCUUCACCAAGAUCUCGGUGGACAUAUAUGCGGGUGCCAUCUUUAUUCAGCAGUCUUUGCAUCUAGACCUGUAUGUUGCCAUAGUUGGACUGUUGGCUAUCACAGCUGUAUACACUGUUGCAGGUGGCCUGGCUGCUGUGAUCUACACAGAUGCUCUGCAAACUCUGAUCAUGCUUGUAGGAGCAUUAAUCCUGAUGGGUUACAGUUUUGCUGCAGUUGGUGGGCUAGAAGGCCUGAAGGAGAAGUACUUCUUGGCCCUGGCUAGCAACAGGAAUGGCAACAGCAGCUGUGGGCUGCCCCGAGAAGAUGCCUUCCAUAUUUUCAGAGAUCCACUGACAUCCGAUCUCCCGUGGCCUGGGAUCCUGUUUGGCAUGUCCAUCCCCUCCCUCUGGUACUGGUGCACGGAUCAGGUGAUUGUUCAACGAACUCUGGCUGCCAAGAACCUGUCCCAUGCCAAAGGAGGCUCUCUGAUGGCUGCGUACCUGAAGGUGUUGCCCCUUUUUGUGAUGGUAUUUCCCGGUAUGGUCAGCCGUGUCCUUUUCCCAGAUCAAGUGGCUUGUGCAGAUCCAGAAAUCUGCCAGAAGGUCUGUAGCAACCCCUCAGGCUGCUCUGACAUCGCAUAUCCCAAACUUGUGCUAGAACUCCUGCCCACAGGGCUCCGUGGGCUCAUGAUGGCUGUGAUGGUGGCAGCGCUCAUGUCCUCCCUCACCUCCAUCUUUAACAGUGCUAGCACCAUCUUUACCAUGGACCUCUGGAAUCAUAUCAGGCCUCGGGCAUCUGAGAAGGAGCUCAUGAUUGUGGGCAGGGUGUUUGUGUUGCUGCUGGUAUUGGUCUCCAUCCUCUGGAUCCCUGUGGUACAGGCCAGCCAGGGUGGCCAACUCUUCGUUUACAUCCAGUCGAUCAGCUCCUACCUGCAGCCACCCGUAGCUGUGGUCUUCAUCAUGGGAUGUUUCUGGAAGCGGACCAAUGAAAAGGGUGCCUUCUCAGGUCUGAUCUUGGGCCUGCUCCUAGGCUUCACUAGGCUGGUCUUGGACUUUAUUUACCCACUGCCUUCAUGUAACCAGCCAGAUGAGCGCCCAGCUGUGGUGAAGGAUGUCCACUACCUCUACCUCUCCAUGAUUCUGUCUGCAGUCACCCUGAUUGCUGUGUCCACUGUGAGCUGGUUCACAGAGCCACCCUCCAAGGAGAUGGUCAGUCGCCUGACCUGGUUUACUCGUCAUGACCCAUUGGUCCAGAAGGAGCAGUUGCCACCAUCUCCCCUGCCUCUUACCCUCCCUCAGAAUGGGACACUGGAGGGCAGCAGUACCAGCAUCCAGUUAGAGAUUGUUCAGGAAAACAUGACCAAAAAUCAUAGCUGUGAUGUGACCCAAAAGCAGUCCAAAGUGGUGAAAGCCAUCCUGUGGCUUUGUGGAAUGGAAGACAAGGUCAAGGAGGAGCCCAUGAGCAAAGUGGAGCCUGUCAUAGCUUCGUUGGAAGAAAAGCCCUUCAUAAAAACCCUUCUGGACAUCAACCUCAUUAUCUGCAUUAGCUGUGCCAUGUUUCUCUGGGGCUACUUUGCUUAAUGUUGGUGAACCCAGGGUCGAAGUUCUCAGUUUGUUUUCAAUGUCCCAUUUUUUUUUAAUGAAAGAAAAAAAACACAAUAAAGCUUUUGUUUAUCA